UGUCGCGCUCAUCCUCAACUGUCUACAUAGACUUUACUUAUACGUCCCAUUUGUCCGCUUUGGCGAUAAAAGCUGUCACGGCAACAACACAAAUAUGCCUCUACCAGCCAACAAGAGGAAUCUGCCAUCGAAGGAGGCAACAGUCUUCAGAGAACUGCUGACGCUGUAUGAAACAAGGCAGCUCAAGAAAGGUCAAAAAGCAGCGGAUCAAAUCCUCAAAAAGUUUCCAGAGCAUGGCGAAACGAUAUGUAUGAAGGGACUGAUAUUGACACACCUGGGUAAACGAGAAGAGGGACUCGAGCUGGUGAAGAAAGGCAUUCGACUCGAUCUCACUUCUCAUAUAUGUUGGCAUGUCUUUGGACUGAUACAAAAAGGCGAGAAAAACUAUGAGGAGGCUCUAAAGUCGUAUACGCAGGCCCUACGGUUUGAUAAAGAAAAUCUCAACAUAUUACGAGACACAGCUCAUCUUCAAACACAACUGCGAAUCUAUGACGGCUUAGUCGAUACUCGACACACCCUUCUCAAAAUCCGUCCACAGUUACGACAAAACUGGGUAGCACUAGCAGUCGCUCACCAUCUGAAUGGGGAUCUUCCUAUAGCCAAGAAAAUUCUUGAGAAUUAUGAGACUAUGCUGAAGAACAUACCAGAUUAUGACGUCGAACAUUCCGAAAUGUUGCUAUAUCAUAUUCGCGUGCUAGAAGAUUUAGGCGAUUUCUCCCAAGCACUUUCGCUCCUAGAUGUCAGUGCUAAAUCGAGGGCAAUUGUUGAUCGCACUUCUAUCAUGGAAUACCGAGCACGCAUCCUCUCAAAAUCCAAUUCCAACGAAGAAGCAGAAAAUGCGUGGCGAGCCCUUAUUGAACAGAAUCCAGAUUGCUACGAGUAUUAUAGAGGUUUCUUAUCUAAUCAAGGCAUAGAAUUGGAUACUAUCACAGACGAGAAUCGUAGACAAGCUUUGGACAUUCUCAUUACUUUCUCAGACCAGAUUCCUCGAGCAACUGCGCCUCGGAGAUUGGCUCUGAACAUUGCUACUGGAGACGAGUUCAAAGAUAUCGUGGAACCUUAUCUACUAAAUGCCCUAUCUAAGGGUAUCCCAUCUCUUUUCGUGGAUGUUAAGUCGCUGUAUCGAGACUCUGAGAAGCAGCACGUCAUAGAAAGUGUUGUUGAGGGACUGCGCGAGCGGCUCGCUGCUGAGCCUUUAUCGUCCACGUCCGAACCACCAACUACAUAUAUUUGGGCGCUCUACUUCUUGGCGCAACACCACUCAUUUCUUUCAAGGUAUCCCGUUGCUAUCUCAAUGCUCGACACUGCCAUUGCCCACACACCGAGUCUUCCUGAAUUAUACUUGUGUAAGGCUCGCGCCCUCAAACGCACUGGUGACUACAUCGGUGCAUCGGUUUAUCUCAAUGAUGCCCGGCUCCUUGAUGGCCAAGAUCGGUUCUUGAACACGAAAUGCGCAAAGUACAGGCUACGAGCUGGUUUAGUGGAAGAAGCUAACGAGAUUUUGGGUCUCUUCACCAAGAAAGAUGCAUCAAGUCCAGGUGCAGACCUAGAGGAUAUGCAGUCUCUCCUUUAUUUAACUGAGGAGGGUGAUUCUCACUAUCGCAGCGGAAGAUUGAACUUGGCAUUGAAAAAAUACUACGCUGUGAACAAGGUAUUUGAUGAGAUGGAAGAUGAUCAAUUUGACUUCCAUGGAUAUUCAAUGAGAAAAUUCACCCUCAACGUCUACCUUGAUCUCAUCAAAUGGGAGGAUCAGCUUCGAUUACAUCCUACUUAUAUUCAUGCUGUCGUAUCGGCUUCUCGAAUAUGGGUGGCAGUCUAUGAUGAUCCCACACUUGCUUCGAACAGUACAUCAACAGGCUCUCUGUCAGAGUCAGAGAAAAAGGCCAAGAGGAAAGCCAAAAAAGCUCAGAAAACGCAAGAAGACUCCAAAAAGGCAAACGCAACCGCGUCAAACGAGGAUAAGGGCUUGGAACCUCCACCUGCCAAAGACGAGGAUUCAGAAGGUAUUAAGCUUAUCUCAGCAACUGACCCUCUGGAAAGAGCCGCAAAACUGCUCGCUCCUUUAACGAUUCUUUCCACCCGCAAUGUUGAUGUUGCAUUAGCUAUUUUCGAUGUUGCACUACGGCGAAAAAAAUUCCUUCAGGCCAUCAAAUCACUAAAACUUGCUCACUCGAUUGAUGCCGAACAUCCAGAGCUACAUAUCCGUGCAAUAGAAUUCCGCAGGCUAGUGAUUUCGCUUCAACCACCGAUAUCCGCACCCGUAGGACCUGUGUUGACGGAUUUCCUGUCAUCAAUCAUCCCAGAAGAAGUCACCCUUGAAACAUACAACUCACAAUAUCUUCAACGGCACUCGAACUCGGCACAGGCUAUCCUCGCCUGUGCCAAGGUCUCUUACAAGCUGAUCUCACCUCAGCCGGAAAUAGAAUCUUUGUUAUUCACUGCCUUGAAUGCGGAAGUGAACCUCGACAUCAAGAGUUUACUGGCUAUCAUGUCUUUCUUGGAAGAGAUAAAGUCGUCUCGCGCUGAAGAAUUCCGCUCUGCAUGUGCUGCCAAAUAUGAGCGAUCCACUGUGUUCAGGAGCCCAGAGGAACUUGCUACACUGCGAAGGGAGUGCAUCGCAGCCGAUGCUGCGGAUGGAGAUAAGGAUAAGCUAGAAGUCAUUGGUUAAACAGCGUUUCGCCAUAGCUUGUAAUGCUGUUGCUAAUAUUCAAUUUUUUCUUUGAGCUCGGUUUAUGGU